UAAUAAUUAUCUCUUUAAUAACACAGAUAGCUGAAAAAAAUAAAUAAAAAAAUAAAAAUGGAUUUUGCUGACUUGAUACCCAAAUUUAUAUCCAAAGUUUAAACAUCUAAAGAGGGACAUUUUUUGAAUAUAUAACAUCUGUUAAAACCUGAAUAUUUAUGUGAGAAAAGAAGCGGAUCAAAAAAUGAAUCAACCUACAGUACAUUUUUGAGAAUACACACCCCAUCCUCUUCUUAGCCCCUAUCUCCGAUAAAACAAAUAAGUUUUGCUAAAAUUAAUUAAUUAAUAUUUUAAGACUAGAGAAAGAAGAAAAGUUUAUCCAUUGUUCAGUCAAACCCGUAUUAAAGACCACCUCUGUAAAUAAAGGCAACUAUCAAACAAUCCUUAUUUUUUCAAAAAGAACAAGUAACUUCCAAAUAAAGUCCAAUUGUCUAUAAAGGCCAUGCUUUGUAUCUCCCUUGGAUGACCUUUGUUCACAUGCUUUCCUUUAUUAAUAUUUACAUGAACAUAUACUGGUUGAGAACCAGUUUCCGGACAGUAAUAGUUUCCGGACAAGUACGAUAACGGCUUUAUUUUAAAUUUAACGAAAUCGAGCUUUCAUCUGUAUCAUCAGGACGGUUGUUUUGACUUUUUGACAGAAUUAACUUCUUUCCAGGUGAAAACAUCAAAAAGUAUCAUAAAAACAUCUUACAUGUAUUAUUAAAACAGCCUUACUUCCCUUCGGGGCUUUAAGUGCACUCUGCGCAUGCGCAUGAUUUUUUCUAUUUUUGGAUACAAUCCGGGGCCCAAACAAUUGCAUAAUGCAGACUUUUCUAACCUUCCUUUUCUAAAUAUUUUUUUUAUAAAUUGCGUAUAAAUCAGAAAGUUGAUAACAUAAAAAAUAUAACUGUUAAAACAAUUAAAAAAAGAAAAAGAAAAAAGAAAUAAAUUAAAAGAGGAGAUGGGUCAUCGGCAAUUUUUCUAUCCAACGGAGACAACUAGUACAAUUUGGUGCAGUAAUUAUUAUGGUACAUAUCUUUUAUCUCCGCUGUAUGUAAAACGGCGCAUAAUAAAAUGAUGCUUAAUAUUAUGUUUCAUUAACAAUUUAAGAAAGAAAUUUUAACUCAGUAUUUUUGCUGACAUAGAAAUUGUGAUGUUUUCACCUGUAUUUAUGUUUUUCUAGUAUGGUCAGGAAGAAAUACGAUGAAGCCAGCAUGAAAAUGGCCAUUUCUGCUGUAAAGCAUAACAAGAUGAAGAUAAGAAAAGCAGCGGCGGAAUACUGCGUCCCAAAAUCAACCUAAUCUGACCGUAUUCGGGGCCGUUAUGAAACAUCAGUAAAGGGGCCGAGUCAGCAGAUUACUCCCGAGGAGGAAGCUGGUUUGGUUAAUUACCUGUUGCACAUGGCAAAUCAGGGAUUUCCACUAAAUAGGCAAAUGACCAGAGCAUAUUUUCAGACAAUUGUUAAACGUUCUGGACGGAGCACACUUUUUAAUUUAGAUGAAGGGCCUUCAAAUCAGUGGCCAAAAAAAUUCAUACAGCGGCACCCGGAAUUAUCCAAAAGAAAACCAGAAAAUUCCGACAAGGCAAGAUGUUCAAUGUCUACCAGGAAAGUAAUGGCUGAUUUCUUUGUGCUUUUGGAUGACAUUCUUGGAAAAUAUGGCAUCAAAGAAAAGCAGUCGCAGAUUUUUAAUUGUGACGAGACUGGAUUUUCUGGGAGAGAAACAGCCAGAUCAAAAGUUAUUGGACCGAAAAAAGGACACGUAUUUUAACGAAGUGUUACAACGACUGAUCAUAUCACUGCCCAUUUAUGUGUUUGCGCAAAUGGCAGAUUUUUGCCAACCAUGGUUAUAUACCGGGUACAAUGGAGUUCUCAUAUAAUAAACAUAAGAAACCACUAAAAAUACAGCAGAACCUUGAUUAUUUUUAUUCCAAUGUCCCAAAUUUAUUUAAGAAGUACGUCGCAUUCUAUCUUUUAAUUAUGUGUGAUAGCUAUGCC